AGCCGGUUCAGGUGUUUUAAUCACGAACUUGAAAAGAAAUUUAUUAAAUGGCUGCCACAAAAUUAGUUCAGUAUGUUAUUGUGAACGGAGAAAUAGCUAAGAGUUGGCCUAAGGGUGCCCUUAUUGCGCAAUGCUGCCACGCUGUGGCGGCUGUAGGACAUUUAUAUGCCUCCGACUCGGACACCGCCGAAUAUUUUAAAGAUUUGGAUAAUAUGCACAAAGUAGUUCUAGAGGCACCGGACGCGGCCAAACUAGUCGGUCUGGGUGAAGUGUUGCAACAGAACGACAUCAAGCACAAGGUGUGGGUAGAACAGCCCGAAAAUCUGCCAACAUGCAUUGCGUUGAAGCCGUACCCCAAGGAAGCGGUGCAGAAAUUCGUAAAGAAAUUUAAAUUGCUAAGCUAAGGUUACUCUGCUAUGGAAACAAAACAA